ACACAACAACAGCAGAAAUCUACCUGUGCUCGUGUGUUUCCUUCACUUCUUUGUGUUUUAUUCAAUUUCCUGUAUCUGUAUUCACCUGUGGCUCGCUCCCGGGUGUCCACUCGUGUCUCCCGAUGCGAUCUCCCGUGUGCGUGACCCUGUUAGUUUGGCUGCUGAGCGAUGCGGCGGCUCGUCAGUUCACUGAGGAGGAGAUGGCUGCUGUCAGACAGCGCAUCAAAUCCAUGUUCUACCAUGCCUACAACAGUUACCUUGACAACGCUUUCCCUUACGACGAGCUCCGCCCACUCACCUGUGAUGGACAGGACACCUGGGGCAGUUUCUCGCUCACUCUCAUUGAUGCUCUCGACACUCUUCUGGUUUUAGGAAACCACUCAGAGUUUCAGCGCGUGGCGUCGCUCCUCCAAGACACCGCGGACUUUGACAUCGACGUUAACGCCUCCGUGUUCGAAACCAACAUCAGAGUGGUGGGUGGUCUGCUGUCGGCUCACCUGUUAGCAGGUCGUGCAGGGAUGGACCUCGAGCCCGGUUGGCCCUGUUCAGGACCGCUGCUGAGGAUGGCUGAGGACGCUGCUCGAAAGCUGUUGCCAGCAUUCCAGACUCCCACCGGCAUGCCGUACGGUACGGUGAACCUGCUGAACGGCGUCAGUCCCACUGAAACACCCGUCACUUGUACCGCCGGCGUGGGAACCUUCAUCCUGGAGUUCGCCACGCUGAGUCGACUAACAGGAGACGCAACAUAUGAGAACGCAGCGCGUCGAGCCCUGAGAGCACUGUGGAAGACCAGAUCUGACAUCGGGCUGGUGGGGAACCACAUUGACAUCCUGUCUAAGAAGUGGGUUGCUCAGGAUGCGGGUAUCGGAGCGGGGGUCGACUCCUACUUUGAGUAUCUGGUGAAAGGAGCCAUCAUGCUGCAGGACGAGGAGCUGCUCAGCAUGUUCUUGGAGUACGAUCGAGCCAUUCAGAACUACACCCGGUUUGACGACUGGUACUUGUGGGUCCAGAUGCACAAAGGAACCGUCUCCAUGCCAGUUUUCCAGUCUCUGGAGGCCUUCUGGCCCGGCCUGCAGUCUCUCCUGGGGAACUUGGACAGCGCAGUGAGAACCUUCCAGAACUAUUACUCUGUGUGGAGACAGUUUGGAGGUCUGCCGGAGUUUUACAGCAUCCCUCAGGGUUACACUGUGGACAAGAGAGAGGGAUACCCACUGAGGCCAGAGUUGAUAGAGAGUGCUAUGUACCUGUUCAGGGCGACAGGUGACCACACCUACCUCCAGCUGGGCCUCGACGCUCUGGAGUCCAUCGAGAAGAUCACCAGGACGCCCUGCGGAUACGCCAGCGUUAAAGACCUGCGGGAUCACCAGCUGGACAACCGGAUGGAGUCUUUCUUUCUCGCUGAAACCAUCAAGUACCUCUACCUGCUCUUUGACCCCGCCCACUUCCUGCACGGCGGGGGAGCAGAGGGGGACGGGUCCUGGGAGGAGGGGGGCGAGGAGGGGCAGUGUGUUUUAGGGGCGGGGGGGUUCAUCUUCAACACGGAGGCUCACCCUCUCGACCCGGCGGCGCUCUACUGCUGCAGCCGCCACGCCCAGGACCGACGGGAGCUCCGAGACGUCCUGCUCAGCCUAUCGGAGCCCGCGGAAAAGUCCAGCAGCAAAUCAAAGCCACCCAACCAACAGACAGAAAGCCCUCCCCCCGGCCAAUCGGACAGCAUUGCUCUCAAACCAGGCGAGAAGAAGACGCCCCCCCUGCUGUCCUGCCCCGUUCAGCCGUUCAGCGCUCGACUCUCCAUCCUGGGACAAGUUUUCACCGAUAACACCUGACACCUGGAUCACAUGUUGGCACUCGAUCAUCUGCUUUUUGAGAUGGCGGCUGCCUCUUUCUAACUGUUAACUUUUUUAUUUUAUGCUAUCAUGUGAAAAACAACAUGUCGGCUUUCAGGGAACAAAGACACAAACAGCCAGCAGGAUGUUUGAACAUCACAAUUGGAGUUAUGAGGAUCCAAAGAAGAAAAGGCCAUAAGACACUCUUCUUGCUAAAAGCCUUUCAUCAGAUAUUUCUUGUUCAAAUUCUAAAAACACAAACAGCCUUCUUCAGGGUGAACAAGCAUCGUCUGUAUUUUUAGAUUUUCACCAUGAAAUAUCCAUCUGAUUAAAGGCUUCUUCACUUUUACCAGUUCAAGUCCAAUUUAGGGGAGAAAAAACUAAUAAUUCCUAAACAGAUUUUCCACCAUCCAUUAAAUCUGUGUAGAUGUUUGGAGCUGCCAGCAGGUGGCAGUGUCUGUGCUUCUCAACCUGCAUCAGGAUCCCGCAGGGACCUCCAGAGCCAGUUUUGUGAGACAGGGGAUUAUGAGAUGAUAUACAAGAUUAGAGAAAAUAUAUUUCAUAUUUAUUCAUUGCAGAAAAUAAUUUAUGUUAAAUACAUAUUUGUAUAGCUUUUUAUGUGAACAAAUGUUUCCUUCUGACGGAAUGAUGAAUAAAAUUACCUGAAAAACAA